CAUAGCUUCCAUAACUCCGAAGCUCUUGAACUCAGCUGCAUUAGCCAUCAGAACAGGUACACUACGCAUCAUAAACAAGCAGAAGACAACAGGCUGAUCCCCCUGCUGUUCCUGAUUAACGGAAAGAAAGACUUGUUCCAGUGCUGAAAGAUACCGACUACAAGCUUGGCUAUCAUGUAUAAUAGCAGUGCAGUACAGCAGAAUGUUAUUUAUCAGGAAUUAAGUAACAUGAUCUCAUUCACUUCUGAUGAAAUACAAACGCAAAGAGAGCUGACAGAGAACGUUGUAAAGAAGUUGCUGAAUAAGAUGCGAGAACUCAGCGUUUCUGGAGACCCUGUCAUAGAAGAGGAUAUAAUUGGGACAGGCAGUUCCUUUGAAGGGCUGAAAGUGAGAGAAGAACUUGAGUUUGAUUUUAUGAUUCCUAUUUGCUCUCUGUCACCAUACAGCUUGAGACCAGAAUUUGGUACGGAUAAGAGGGGCAUGAAAACAAUACUGAAUAUGUUUGGACAGAUUCGGUGCAUUCAAUUACACAAUGUUAUAGAAAGUCAAAGUAGAUACUACAAAAAACCUGCAGACUUUAAAGAAAAAUUUUGUGAUCGUGACUAUCUGUCACCAAAGAGAAUUCGUGAAUGGUUUCAGUCCCUAGCAGACAGAGCAGUCAUACAUAUUAAAGAAAAAAACAUGGAUCUCACCUUUUCUCAACAAGGUCCUGCACGUACUCUUAAGAUUAAUAUCAAUAAGCAAAAAACUAUUUCUGUUGACUUGGUUCCUGCUGUUAAAACUAGUGAUAUUUAUUUGGUGGCAAAGCCAUAUGGAGGAUCUCCUGAAGACUAUUACCCUUCUAAUGACAAUUUGUGGAGAAUGUCUUUUUCAGUUCAAGAAAGGCUAUUUCUAGAACAAAAAGCAUUAACUUUACCUAUAAAUUCUUGUCAUAGACAGGCCCUGAAAAUUAUGAAGUACAUAAAACAAAAGGAGAGGAAUAAUGUUCCAGCUCCCAACUGGAGUUCUUGUUUAAGCUCCUACCAUUUGAAAACAGCUUGGCUUUAUCUGCUACAGCAGAAUCAACAUCAAGAGUGGCAGCCUAGCUGUCUGAGAGAAAGGGUGCUGGAACUAAUCAUUAAGAUGAUAGACAGUCUGGAAAAGAAGCAGCUUUACCAUUUCUUUUUGGGUAACACAGCUCUUCUCGAUGAAAAGGUAAUUUCUGAUGCCUUUCUUACACAUCACUCCCAGGGCAACUUACUUUCUGAGAUGAAUAGUGACACAUUGCAGCAAGCUAGCAGUCAGCUGAGAAAGCUUCAGCAUAACCUUGACUCAAUGGUGAAUGAAAUCCACCAAGAACUUAGACAUCAGAAUUCAUAUUAUUAAAUCCUGUAAUUAGCUCAUUUUCAUUUUCACCUGUGUUCAUGCACUGUUUCUUCUUACAACUUUUUACAAUGUGUUAAUUUGUUGGUACAUUCUCACUGUUUGGGCUAAUUAUUGGAGCCACUGCAUAUAAUACGGUCUCCACUGACCCACAGUUCCUUCCCUGUAAUGACAGCUUUCAAAGGAGAGGCUGCUGGUCACUUCAUAUGCUGAUAGAGACUAUGUUUUCUAGUGUACAUACUAAAUUCUACAAAAGUCCUGAAGGCAACAUCUCAGCACUGGUGUUCAACUGGUUCUGUGGAAAAUGUGACAUUAGCAUUUGCAAGUGCCAUAAACCUGCACGAGAUGCACUUAUACUGAAUCUGGUCUUUAGCUAUGCUUACUUGGUGCCCACUGUGAUGUCCUUAUGCCAAAGUCCUCUAAUUGGUUUCCACUGUAGCGCUCAGCUGUCUGUGAUUUUGCAAAAUGCUUCUGAAAUUGCCCUGUAUUUUCAUCCUUUUUCUCAUAAAGGUUUAGUUUUCUGGUAAAUCAUUAAAAAUUACAGUCAUUUAUGCCAGAGAUUAGAUUUUCAUACCUCUUAUUCUUCAAAAAAUGCAUGUUGAUGCAAAAAUUGCAAUAUUAACUUUCAAAGUGAAUUAGAGUAAUAGCUAAAAACUGGCCUCAUUGGUGACAUUGCACAUUGAAGCCCUGACUAUGAUCCAGAUGACUUGAGAUCAGUAACCAGCUAAGGCACCUGAAGGUGUAGAGAAGAAAGAUGUGCAUGCCUAACCUGGGAGGGGAAAUAAAUGUGUUCAUGGUAGGUGGUCCCUAGAGUGUUUAGUGAAGCUGGGAUAUGAUGGAAAAAGUAGAGUGGAUGGGGGCAUUUCUGCUCAGGUCCCGGACAUGAGACACUUCCUGAGCUAUGCAUCAUUUUAUUUCCAACCUAGCAGCAUUGCCAUUAUACAAGGGGGUUAGGUUGUGGCUCCAACUCAAAUUUAAGUAAAGCCACUAUAAGAAGCAGUGGCAGCUCCCUUGGUCAACUCCAUUCCUUUGUAAAUGGUAGCUGGCAUCAGACAGGUCAGUACCCUUAGUUUGCCAGGGCAUAUAAAUAUCUGACUCAGUCUCAACAUAAUGGAAGGAUUGAGUGGGAGGGGGCUUAAGGGGAAGCCACUCUUCCUUAGAAGAAGGAAGAUACUCUCAUUGCAAAAACUGUGUUUGAUUACUCACAGCAAAUAUAUCUAUUUCUA